UCCUUUUGUGACUGCCUGCAGCGUCUAGCAUCAUCUGUGAAAAUGGUCGCAAAAGGUGUUCUUAGAGAGCAUCUCAUUCUGUUAGCUAGCAGUAUGACUUGUGGUGGGAAUUUGGUUGGCUUUAAUACAGGUGGAUAUAAAGCUCUGUCUCGCCAAUUAAAUAUUCAAGUACCAUUCACAGAUGCAACUCUCUUUACCCCUAAAAAAUGUUUUGAGCGAGCUGCGGAGAAAUGCCAUACUGACUCUCUGUCAAGCAUAGUUGCUUCUUGUUCCUGGGGUAAACAUGUGGCAGUUGGCACAGGAUCAAAAUUUGACGUUGUAUGGGAUGCAAAUGAGAUAAAAUCUGAAGAAAUUGAAGGGACCGAUGUCUAUAAUUUUCUUCACAUGGUGAAAAGCAUUUCCAAUGGGGAAGAAGAAACCAAUGCUGGUUUGGGUGACGAUGUUGAUGAUUUAUGGGAUGAAGAAAAUAUGGACUGGGACAUGUCCCCACAGCGUACCUCUGGUAAUGAAGCUGUUUUUGAAGAGAAUCUUGAACUAUUGAAUGUUUCAACAUCCAAUGGUUGGGAGACAAAUACAAAUCAAACUGAAUCAAAGACCAAUGAGUGGUCAGGUUGGGUAAGUAAAACAACUGAAAUAAAAGAUGGCCAAUCUGAAAGAGCCCAAGAGGAUUCUUGGAAGAAAACUGAUGUCGUUCAAGAAGACUCUUCUAGGUUUGCUUGGGAUGCAAAUAAAACAACAGAUCAGACAAAAUCAGAAUCUAAUGAAAGGUCUGCCUGGGGGAGUAAAACUGGUGUCAUCAAAGAAGACUCUUCUAGGUUUAAUGCUUGGGAUACAAACACAACAACAGAUCAGACAAAAACAAAAAGUAAUGAAUGGUCUGCCUGGGGAAGGAAAACUGAUGUUCUCCAAGAAGACUCUUCAACUAGGUCUAAUGCUUGGGAUACAAACACAACAACAGAUCAGAAAAAAGCCAAAUCUAAUGAAUGGUCUGGCUGGGGAGGGAAUAAAUCUGAAAUACCAGCUAGUGUAUCUGAAAAUGUGCCAGAUUCUUGGAGCAAUGGUAAGAGGAAUGCUGAUGUUACCCAAGAAGAUAAUUCCGGGUCUGGUGCUUGGGGUGCAAAGAGAACACAUCAGACGAAUACAAGAUCUAAUGAAUGGUCUAGCUGGGGAAAGAACAAGUCUGAAAUGCCAGCUGGUAGAUCUGAAAAUGUGCAAGAAGAUUCUUGGAGCUUGGGUAGGAAGAAGGACGAUGUUAACCACAGAGAUAAUUCUGGGUCUGGUUCCUGGGUUGCAAACAGAACUGAUCAGACGAAAACAAAAUCUAAUGAAUGGUCUGGCUGGGGAAAGUGGCCCAAAACGACGUCGUUUUUGCCUAGGCUCCGCCUCAACGAACUCGCAUCUCCGCCUCAACGAACGCGCAUCUCCGCCGCUGCGAACGCACGUCUCCGCCGCUGCGAACGGUGCCGCAAUCGAACACCGCCGUAUACGAACUAG